AAAAAAAAAAAAAGAAAGAAAAGGAAAACUGAAAAGAAAAAGCUCUGCUGUGCCGGCUACAGAUCGGCGUAGAUCUCAUUGCGGUCUGCCGCUCAGUUCGCGGAUGCUUUGUCCAGUUCCCACUCGACGGUGCGCCGCUGCAGACGUGCGUUGUAUGCCACAAAAGCAAACAGAACAAAUUCGAUACUGUAUAAUUAUGCAAUAUGCAAGAGUGUGUGCGCGUGUAUGUGUGUGUGUGUGCGUGAUUGAAAAGUGCAGUGAAGUGUAAAACGAAAAAUAACUAUAAACAUUUAUUGGCAACAAUCGUCGAAAAUAAUUCAAUAUAAAUACUAUAUAACGCAUACGCGCCGUAUGCCAAAUACUAUAUGAUAUAUCUUGUGCAAAGCACCUCAAAAUCGAAGGGCGAACAAAACAAAAAUAACAAACAAAAACAAAACAUUCGCACUAAAGGUGCGAAAAAUGGCAAUGUGUGUGAAUAACCUGAACCAAGGAGCCAACCCAGUCUGCAGACAGCCAAACAAUUAUGAAAUUAAUAGCCUCUUAAUUGGCGCCGAUAAUAAGUAUUAUUGAAAACAAAUAUUGAACAGCAUUGAACUUAGCAGUGCGAAAAGUGCGCGAGUGCGAGAAAAGUCCGACGAAAAGUCGUGUGAAAAGUCCAGCGAAAGUGUCGACAAGCCAAGUUGGCCAAGUUGUAGUUUUCCUUUAUUGUGGGCCAACUAAAAGACCUUGCUGCUCUUCGGUAAACUUUGGCGGAUCAGUGAACGCAUGCACGGCUGGCCAUGAAGCACGAGAAGAGCUCUGCCAUGGCCGCCAAUGGUACGCCCCCGCUGAAGCGCGACAAGCAGCGACAGCAGCAGCUGGUGGAGUCGGCCAAUCCGCGCAGUCCCAUCACCAAGGCCUUUGACUUCCUGCCCUGGUCACGCAGCCGUAGCCGCAAGCCGGAACCGGAGCCGAGCACAGCAGCUGGCGAGAAGCCCGCCGAGGUGCACUACCAUCACAACAUCUUUCGCAGCGGCGGCGGCCUUAUACGCGACAUGCUCGUGGGCGACAAGGACAAGCUGCAGAAGGAUAAGCCGCCGCAAUCCCCCCUCUCGGAGGCCAAGCGGACGCAGCGCAAACAGAAGCAGCUGUCCCGCAACAAGAGCCUGGACAUCCGAGAGCUAAUUGGCUGCGUGGACAGCGAGCUGGUGCCGCGCACAAAUGCGCUGAGCUCGCCCCAGCCACAGCGUUUCCUUGACGACACCUACAUAGACAGCAAGCCACGGCACAUACUCUUCAACGACGACGAAAACACUGUGUAUCUCAUCAAGAAGGAGCAGCCGGUGGCCAAGGCGCACAAGCCGACGCCCGCGCACGCUGCCCGGGACUGCAAUGGCGGCGAUGUGCUGAAGGCGCGGCUGAAGUUCAAGCGGUUGCCCAGCGACCAUUAUGCGGCCUCUCCGGAGGCGCUGCGUCGCGCCCAGCAGCUCUACCAGCGCUCCGAGCAGCGUCACCAGCUGCAGCGUCGCAAAAGUCUCAGCGACUCGCAUUACGAGCAGAGCAGCUCCAGCCUGAGCAGCGGCGGCAGUGGCGUUCAAGCUGCGGCCGCGGCCACUGCGAGCAGCAUUAUGCUGGAGCGACCCAAGACGGAUAAGCCGCGCAAGAAGCUCUCGUUUCGCGAGCCCAUCGAGGCGGGCCUCUCGCCCGUGGUCAUGGCCAUGUCAGCGGCCAUGGUGAGUGAGCAGCGGCUGGAGCGACAGCGGCGUCGCAGCUCGCCGCUCGAGCGCACCAACGCGCCGCAAAUGGGUCACGGCCUGGACUGUGAUAGUGUGUGCAAUAAUCGAAUAAAGGAUGCUAUUCACAGCGGCUGUGCUGCCAGUGAUCCGGAGUCUCAGGCCAUGCGCAUUGUGCGCACCGUCGGACAAGCCUUUGAAGUGUGCCACAAAUUUAAUCUUCAUAAGAAUUCCCUGGAGCCCAAUGACGAACGCUCCGAUGUCUCAUCGUCGGAGCUGCUGGAUGUGGAGCAAAUCAGCGAGCAGCAGCUCAGCGAAGAUGGAGGCGUUCUAACCAGCGAGACGCCAAAGAAAGAGCACUUGGGCAUAACGCCCGAUUUGAACCACACGCAGUCACAGCAGCCACAGCGACCGAGCCACUUGGAGCUGCUGCCAACGCAGUCGAGUCUACGCAAAUCGACCAGCCUGCUGCAGUGCGAUGUGGACGAUAAAUCAGCUGUUUCUCCCUCAUCGCCGCGCACUGAGAUAUCCCAGCUGAAGGAUCAACUGGAGGCGCAGGCGCAGCAGACCCGUCAGGCACUUGGACAAUUGAUGCUGGUGCGCGAACAGCUCAUCUCGGAGACUAAUGCGCGCAUCGAGGCGCAGGCGCGCACGCAGCAGCUGCUGCAACAGAAUCGGGAGCUGCUCGAGCAUUUGGCAUCGCUGGGCGCCUACAACGAGCAGCAGACGGCGGGUCUGACCUCUGCGAACAUUGGCAUGGCCCCACAGCUCUCGUCGACGGCCAAAGUGGCCCGCUGGUUUCAACAGCUGCCCUGGCACACCGCCUCGCUGUCCCGCCCCGAGAGCGGCUUCGUCUCGGGCGAUUCGCGCUCUGAGAAGUAUCAGGAGGAUCAUUUCUAUGGCGGCAUGGUGAAGGAAACGGAUGAUUUAUGCGAUGAAUUUCUGCUCGUCGAGGGCAGCAGCACCAUUUGGACUAAGUUGAGCGCCAAAAAACGUCGUAAAUUGCUUGGCAUGCGUUUGGGCAAAGUGACAACAUUUUAGCUCCAGCUCCCGGCCAGCCGUAAUGUGUGCGUUUAUUAGCUGUUAAGUGCGUUUUUCUUAAGCAUAGCCCUAGGCAACGGAGCUUUUAUCAAGCCAAGUAGCUAGUUACUUAUACAUACAUAUAUACAUAAAUACAUUGAUAUAUUAACUUAGGCUAGCGAGUAUAAAAAUCAAUAGACUAAAUGACCAAAUUAACCCAAAACGAACGACAUGCUCAUUGAAAUGCCAUGAACAUACACAAACACAAACGUGCACACACACGCUCGAAAUGAUAAGAUCAAAGCAAGAUACAAGUAGUGAAUAGCCGUAGACGUAAGUCAAUUAGCGAGCAUAAGGCUUAAGCUCAAUGUGUAUUUAAGUAUUAAUAAACUAAGUAAAAGUAUUUGGCAUGUAAGACACACAAACACACACACCCACACACAAAUAGAAGGCAGGUAAACUGGCAGACGUUCAAUUCAGGAAGACAAGCUAUUCAUUUUGCGGACAAAGCGAACGCAUUUAUCAAACGCCUGCUUGGCUCCAACGAAACAAAAAUGAAACGAAACGAAACAUCAUAAAAGCACCGCAAUUGCUGCUUAACUUGGCCAACUUUUCAUGUUUGAGAAAAACUGGUUAUUAAGCUAAGCAAACACAACGUGCAAAAAGAGCAAGCGGAAAAUGGAGAGAGCUGCAGCAGCUGCCUGCCGGAUUUGCCUGUUGGAAACUGAAUGGUUAAGUAAAUAAGCCAAGUUAACAACAAGGACAGCACAGCAAAACACAACAUACAUGAACACCCACACACACAUACGCACACACACUUUGGCUCACAGGAGUAGCACCAGGAGCCGCAGCAGCCACAGCAGCUCCAAUGUUUGCUAUUCAUACAUUUUUCAGCUUGAAGCAUUUUUAUGCAUAAAUCGAUUUUACUUUUAUGCGGCCCUCGUUUUGUGUGCGAGCGAUUUUUGGGCGGCACUCUAUAAAUUUACGCCGUCGGGCUAUGCGGCGUAUACGUGAUUACCGCAGCUGGAGUGGAUUUAAACGGACAGCCAGAGCAAGCCGGCGUAGUUACAUGGAUCAGAACAGCUUAAAGAUUGAGUGCAAAGUAAUACGCUCUGAAUUGCAUUCAACACUUUGACAUCAUUGAAAGUUUAAUGAAAUAAGUUAGCAUUUAACAUAUACAAUUUUAAUAAGGCGCAUUCAGCAGAGAAUUCGUGUUAACAUUUUCAAGAAUUCCCUGCUAAAUGCGCCUUAAGGCUACAGUAAGAGACGAUUUCCCUAACGAUUUUAAGCUAUCUAUUAUUAUACAAAUUUGGAAAUUUUUUAACGAGAUUUUAAAUGUUUUAGUUAAUUUAUGCAACAAUUUUUGAGACUGAAACUUAAAUUUGUACUAAGCAUAAAUAGAAAACGCACACAAGCACACACACAUACAUUCGCAUUUGUUUUUAUGUACAAGUGAAUCAUUCCAAGCGCAUUUUGCAAAACUAUCUAAUAAUAGAUUAAUUCCAUUUUAUGUUUUUAAGUUCUGCCACAGAAUAAAGUGAGUAAUAAAAAUUAAA